GGGCCUUUCAGCUCGGACCGAUGACAACUAGAGCUUUGGCUUGGGUGUCGAACAUUUUUCCUUCUUUUUUCUACCGAGGUUGCGAGGGAUGGAUGGAGGCGAGAGGCGACGCUGGUAGAAAACCUCGAUCAGUCUAAGUGAUCCCACUGAUGCUUAUCAUCACCUUGUCUGGAACUCGCGAAAAAUGGUUCUACCAUUAUUAGCAGGACUAGCAGUUGCUGCGGCUGCUCUUGCUGGUAGAUAUGGAAUCCAAGCUUGGCAGGCAUACAAGGCACGGCCAGUUGUCCCCCGGAUGCGCAAGUUUUAUGAAGGUGGCUUCCAGCCUACCAUGACUAAAAGGGAAGCUGCUCUCAUUCUAGGAAUUAGGGAAAAUGCCACACCAGAGAAAGUAAAAGAAGCGCACAAAAAGGUGAUGGUUGCUAACCAUCCAGAUGCAGGGGGAAGUCAUUACCUUGCUUCAAAAAUUAAUGAGGCAAAAGAUGUGAUGCUUGGGAAGACCAAGGGUGGUGGUUCUGCAUUUUGAUUUUUCUUAUGUCAGAUAUUCAGCAUUGGUCCUUCGGUCAAAGCAAGACAGCAUGGAUCUUAAUGAUCUGAUUGUUUUGAGUAUGGAAUCCAAUCUUCUUGGACCAAAGAAAGGGUUGAAAAGAGCUGUCUUGGAACCUGACUAAGCACCAUGAUAGAUCUGAUGAUAUAUAAAUUGAUAAAGGUAGGUCGUUUGGAAAUUCUGCUUCACAUUCUGGGACCUCAGUGUAAAGAUUAUACAGCCUGGAAGUUCUUUUUGUUUUUACUUUUUUUAUAAAUAAUAUCUCCACCUCAAAGCAGAACUACAAUUUUUUCCAUGUUACUGAAAACUUUCCCAAAUAGUUA